AUGCGUGUGUGUGUGGGUAAUCGAGAGAGAUGGAUUGGCACGGGUGGUGGUGGAAAGGUUGAAUUGCACGGGUUCUCAGAUGCGUCAACGGUGGCAUAUGGUGCGGCGAUUUAUGUACGUGUUGAGAACGACGGCAUGGAGGUAAAGAGCACACUACUAGUAUCUAAGUCACGUGUCGCACCGAUGAAAACUGUUUCGGUGCCAAGGCUAGAGUUAGCAGCUGCGGAGCUUCUGUCCCGUUUACUGGUCGAUGUAACGAGGGCGAUGGAACUUUCGGGGGUGAGUUACACGUUGUGGACGGACUCACAGGUAGUGCUUCACUGGAUUGGUAAAAUACCGCGAUGUUUGAAAACUUUUGUUGCGAACCGAGUUGCAUCUAUACAGACGAAUACUGAUGUUAAGAGGUGGAGAUAUAUUAAUACAAGGGACAAUCCAGCUGACAUGUUGAGCCGUGGUAUGAAGCCUUCAGAGAUUAUUCACAGUAAACUAUGGAUACACGGCCCGCCGUGGUUAAAAUAUAAUUCUGAACGUUGGCCUGACUGUGUGUUUGUGCCAAACACGGUUGCGGAGGCUGAGAGUGAGUUUAAGACCUGCGUUGUAGCAGAAGUAGAUGAACCGCUGAUGAUAACGCGAAGGGCAACAAAGGAUAGAGUGUCCUUGAUAGAGUACGUUGACAAAUUGGAGAGAGCCGUGAACGUAGUGGCGUAUUUAUUGAAAUUCAUUUCGAAUAUAAAAACGCAUUCAGUACCUAAGAGGAAGAAGAGGGGAGAACAUAUAAGCAUGUCACCGACUACUGAGCAAAGAACAAAGGCCAUGUGGUUUCUACUGAAUCAGGAACAAAAGAAGUUUUACAAGAAAGAGAUUGGUUGUCUAGAAGCUGGUAAUAGUAUUCCUGAUAAAAGCAGGAUUGAAUCUCUCAAGCCAGAGCUGAAAGAUGGGUUGCUCAGAGUGCACGGCAGGUUGAAGAAUGCGAGUUUGGACGAGAAUAUGCGACAUCCAGUCAUAAUUCCUGAUGGGUCAAGGCUGGCAUGGUUCAUUAUGGACCAUGCACAUCGCGAGACGAAGCACGGUGGAGUGCAAGUUAUGAUGCAAUUCAUACGGCAAAAAUACUGGAUCCCACGACUGCGUGGUUCGCUAAGAAGUUUUAUACAUAAAUGUAUGACCUGCGUUCGCCAUAACCAUCGGGUUGAAGCUCAAAUUAUGGCAGAUUUGCCUGCGGACCGUGUAACGGCAGGGAAACCAUUCUUGCACGUCGGGAUUGAUUAUGCAGGUCCUAUAGACAUUAAAAUGAUAGAUAGAGAAGGCAAUCAAAUUGUAAGGCAAAAGGUGUGGAUUGCAGUGUUUGUUUGCCUUAAAACUAGAGCUGUCCAUUUAGAUCUGGUCACCGACUUGACGACGAUUGCUUUUAUUGCCUGUUAUGAAAGAUUUGUAUCCCGUCGUGGUCGUUGCGAGCGAAUUUAUAGCGAUAAUGGUACAGCAUUUGUGGGAGCAGCGAAGGACAUCAAAAGAGCAAUGGAGAGCUGGCACAAGGAGGAUGUGUUCCAACAUUUGUCGGUCAAAGGUACCGAGUGGCGAUUCAUGACACCAGCAGCUCCGCACCAAGGAGGAAUAUACGAAGCGGCAGUAAAAUCGAUGAAGCACCAUCUGGUCCGCGUCAUCGGGCUAAGAGUGCUUCCGUUCGAGCAAUUGAGGACGCUGCUUGCUCAGGUUGAAGCGAUACUCAACUCGCGUCCGUUGCAUCCAUUGAGCGACGAUCCAGAGGAUUUUCAAGCACUGACACCUGGGCAUUUAUUGAACGGAGAGCCAUUGGUUCUUCCUUUACCCUUUGCGAUUCCCGAGACAUCGUCAUCCAAGGGUGUUCAGCUUUGGAAAGAGCGACAGCGAAUGGUUAAGACCUUUUGGGAGCGGUGGCACAAUGAGUAUUUGACGACACUCCAAGAGCGGAAAAAAUGGCGGAAAUCUUCUGAAAGAGUGCAACUACGUCAGCUGGUGCUCAUAAAAAGCGAAAAUUUUCCUCCUGCGCAGUGGGCCAUGGGCCGUAUCAUACAACUUCAUCCGAGCGAGGACAAUCUGGUUCGGUCAGUAACGAUUCAGACAGCAACGAAUAAGCUGCGAAGGCCAGUACAGAAAAUUUGUAUCCUACCGGUGGAGCUGAACGAGAACUAG